AUUGAGAUAUUAGUAAUUGUAAAUUGAUAAUAUUUAACCUAUAUAUAUGCAUAGAAAUACUUAAGUUCAUUAGUAUGUAAACAAGCAAAGGACGGAAUAUUUGUAGUUACAUACUGAUUUCGACCAAGUUCUUUAGGAAUGGUUAAGUUCGGGACAUAAUUUAUAUUUGAAGAAAAAAGUUAAUCAAAAUUUGUGGUGUUAUGAUCCUAUGCUGAAUUUCUCAAAAUGAUAUAUGGAAUGUUAAUACAUAUAUGUAUGAGUUUUGCAUAUUUGCUGAUAUCAUGACACAGUCGAAUGUAAAACGAACUGCACCCUUAAUUUAUGGGCAGAACACAUUUCCUGAGGUGCGCUACUGUUGCUUUAGUGUGGGACGUAUUUUCAAUGUUUUGGGAUGCAAUGCCACAACUCAGUAAAUAGCUGCAUAUUUGAUAUCAAUUGAAAUGUCGAACAAGCAAUUUAUGGUGUAAAAUUUUCGAAACUGGAAAAUUCUAUAAAACCAAAUAAAAAUGACGAAGCUUAAGAAAUGUGAUAUACUUAUUGCUUUCUUAAUUACUUUUAAGAUUGCAGUUGUGGCAAAUCUUCAAAGAACAACUGACUCAAUCACUGACCAACGAAAUUAUAAUCUACCCUCAAUAAAUACCUUCAAUAAGCAUUCAAGGAUUGAAGAAAAUAGUACUCUUAAUAGUCCUCAACAAGUGUUCUCUAAACCAAGACGAGCUUUUCACAGCGGAGUCGAUGUGGAAAACGCGGAAUAUCCAGUAAAUUCAAAUACUUCAUUUCAUGACAAUGAAAAUCCAUCACACGUUACAGAACCCGUACAUCGCAAAGAAAUGGCUGAAUCUACAAAUGAUGUGAAAAAUGAAUUUCAUGUAAAUGAAGAAAUAAAUAUUACAAAUAACAACGGUGAAUUAUCAAAUGUUGAAUAUGAAGAGCGAUCAUCUGGUCCCAUAUUAGACAAAAUUAAUACCGCUGAGUCUGGUACUGCAUUGCCAAUAUUUUUAACAGAACCCGAGGACAUAUAUGUUAUCAAGAACAGACCAGGGGUGCUUAAAUGUAAAGCAGCCCAUGCACUUCAGUUAUACUUUAAGUGUAGUGGUAGUUCGCAGCCUCCUCCAUCUGAACAUGAUAAACACGUUGAUCCUCACACGGGUGUUCAUGUUGAAGAAGUAACUGCAACUAUACAUCGCGAUUUGAUUGAUGAAUAUUUUGGAAAAGGUCCUUUCAAAUGUGAAUGUCAUGCAUGGUCCUCACGUGGUGUUGCUAAAAGUCAAUCAGCGACAAUAAGCAUAGCAUAUAUAAGAAAACAUUUUGUUUCCUCACCAACAUCACUGAAAAUUGAACUGGGUUCCAAAGCUGAAUUGCACUGCGAGCCUCCGGGAGGAUUUCCAGAGCCAAAAAUAACAUGGCUCAAAAACAAUGCGCCGAUUGUAAAUACUAAUGAUCACGGAACAGUUAUAUCUGCUGAUGCCACGACAAUAACAUUUGACGUUGUAUCUUUGCAGGACAUGGCGAACUAUACAUGUCAUGCUGAGAAUGUGGCCGGGAAAAGAAUUUCGGACUCAGCUGUUUUAAUAGUCUACGUAAAUGGUGGUUGGAGUUCAUGGAGCUCUUGGAGAGAAUGCAAGUGUUUAGGAAAAUUAAGUCAAGGUCGAAAAAGAGUUCGUUUUUGUAAUAAUCCCAUUCCUAUGAAUGGUGGCUCGUUAUGCUCUGGAGCGCAAGUUCAAAAAUCUGCGGACUGUGUAUCCUGUCAAGAAGACACACAAAUUGUAACCUCUGAUGGAUAUGAUGCAUUAUCGAGUAAGAAAUUAGGCAGAUGGACACCGUGGAGUGAUUGGAGUUCGUGUUCUCCUGACUGUAUACAAAUACGCCGGCGAAAGUGCAUUUAUCCUGUCUCUGAAGAUUUGAGUGUUGAAUCACACGACGGAUCUGUUAACAAUAAUGGCGUAAUUGGUCUAGGGUUCGUUAAGGUUCAGUGCCCAGGUAAAGAUAUACAAACAGCGGAAUGUCGCGGAGAGCACUGUUUAAUUGGAAAUGAUGGUUUCGACUGGACACUUUACCUUGGCUUAGCUUUUGUCAUAACUGUAUGUGUAGCAUUUGGUGCUGCUCUAAUUUACUGUGCUCGUCGGAAUUUGGCAAUAAAUUCUCACUAUAAUAUGACUAGAACAAAUAUUAACUCGGAUUAUAUGCAAGGAAUAAAUAAGAAGGGAAUCAAUAUUGAGACGGCAAAUGUCAAUUACGAUUAUCCCAGUUCCGAUCACAGAUUUAUGUCUAAUGAUCAUAUAAUCAAUUGUGAAGCUUCCGAACAUCACUAUGACGUACCAAAUUUAUCUGCCAAUUAUACCAACCCAAUAGAUGAAAUAAGUGCGGAGUACGUCACAGAUACACCAGAAACAUCCACAGCGGAUACAUCAAAUUCCACAUACGACAUAAAAGGUAAUUUUACCUUGCCGUCGUCAUCUAAAAAUGUAGUAACCGAAUUAAUAAAUAAUUCCGGAGGCAGCUUGAGCCUUUAUAGAGGAGAAAUGAUGUUGCAUGUGCCAGAGUUUGCCAUUGGUAAAAAUCAGAAAAAACACAUGUCUUUGAUUGUAUUGAGUGACGAAAGUGCCCGAAUAUCAAUUCCUUGCGCUGAAUCGUUAUUUGUUUGCAGCACAAUUGUAUAUUGUUCUCCUAGAAAUUAUAGUUUCCAGAAACCAGUUAUAAUCAAAUUACCGCAUUGCUUAAUUGAACCACGACAGUGGAAUGUGCAUAUAUACCAAGCAGAUAACGAUCAUUACGAUAUUAACUCGAAUUGGAGAAAAAUAGUUUCCGUUGGAAAAGAAACUAUAAACACACCGGUUUUUGUCAACGUGGAAGAAAAGCAUUUAUAUAUAAUGACAGAACAAUUAGGACGUUUUGCAGUAGUUGCUGAACCAAACAAUCUCACCGAUUACCUGCCUGCUAUUGAAAUGCGACUUAUUGCGUUCAGUCAAUUAACGCCGAGCAGCUCAAACUGUAGUCUUCGAAUAUAUGUUGUGAAAGACUUUCCUAAUAGUAAGGACAUUUGCAAGACAAUUGAGGCAAAGUUGGGUGGUACUAUUAUGGGCGAAAGUGAGACUUUUGCUUUUCACUUAAAUACCUGCGAUUUAGUAAUUCGUGUACGUAACACGGAGUCCAGUUCGUGGGACCUCAAGGAACAAACUAAUUAUGAACAAAUUAUACCAUAUAAUCAUAUUCUCAACAACAAUUCAAUUUUGCAUUGUGAGUUUACCAUAAAAAGAUCACUGAAUUCACAAUUGAUAUUUGAUGUGGACUUUGAGCAAAGUGGUUUAGAAAACAUGGAAUCACGGAUUCACUCGUUCAUUAUUUCAAGUGAACAUUUUUCACAAAGUGACGUUCGGUCGCAAACAUUUGAAAAUCGACAACAUCAAGCAAUUGUUUCUAUUGAUCGUGAUAGUAGCUUCAUAAAUGAGACGAAUACUUUGAGUAGCGUUUAUCUACCACACACAUGUAAGCGGCUGAUCUGCGAUGCUUUGGACCCACCUCGCCAAGAUGAAAAAGAUUGGCGUUUGUUGGCUAAAAAACUUGGCACAGAUCAUUAUAUUGCGUAUUUCGCUACAAAGUCAUCGCCAACCGAGCAAAUCCUCAAUCUAUGGGAAUGUCGAGCAAAACAUUCCUCGCGUACAAUUGUUGAAUUAUUAAUAGUGUUCAGUGAAAUGGACAGAGAGGAUAUAAAACAAAUUAUUACAGAUACUAACGGCCCUCUUUGGGUGUGAAAAAAUAUUUGCACAACUGUUAUUACUGAUAAGUUGAAAUGCCUUUAUUUGAAAAAUUAAGAUAUUAAAGUAAUAUAUAUUAUAAAUUAAGUAAGCGCAUUUAUAAGUAAAUGUGUAUCUAAAUAUCGAAACAUAUUCUCUUAAAUAGUAGGGGAAUUCCCAAAAUAUUUCACGCAUAGUCGCGGUCAAAACCAGUGCUAAAGACCAUUUUGUUUUUUAAGAUUUCAUUGACGACUACAAAUUUUUGCUAUUUAGUUACUUAUUUUAUAAACGAAUUUUUAUAGUGUUACUAUACGUUUAAGCAUAUACCGUGUUCGAUAUUGCAUUUUAUAAGGACGUAAAAAAUGAUAUUAAAGCAACAAAUGAGUAAAUAAAACGCAAAAAUAUGAUAUAAAGUACUCACAUACAUAAAAUGAAAUUACUUAAUACCUGUGAUCAAAAAUUGUAAUUGUAAUUGUUAUCGAACACUUUUCCAUUUUUCUAAUUAAUUUUAGUUUAAUUUACACAUAAUAAUAUAAUAAAUUUAUAACAUUUUACGACUGAAUAUUUCAUGCAUAUAUGCACGCUAUGUUAAGUUUUAAGAAAUUAACAUGUUUUCUGACCAAAUUCAUUUUUAUACAUAUGCACGUUUAAAUUUAUUAUCGGAAAUAACAAAUUAAUACUUCGAGAUAAGAUCAUGUUCAAGCUCAUACCGUUUUGUUGAAUAUACAUUUAUGUAUAUGGUACAAAACAUGUUUGCAAUGUGUUUAAUUUUCUAUAAAUGUGCUUUUAUAGAUUGCAAUAUUAUUCUAUCAUAGAUAUGUAUAAGCUAAAAUAUGCCAUACUUUCGAAAUUAUGAGCGCAGUUAAUUUUAACUAAGUGAAUAAUUGAUUAAAAUAAUAAACCACAUUCAUUUGAAAAAUCUUUUUUUUUAAAUUAUCGCUCUCACUUUAUAAGCUAAGUACUUUGGAACAAUAACAGAUUACUGCUGCACAACUUACUAUGACGUCUAAUGAAUGACCGCGAUUGUGAGAAAAAAAAACUAAACUAAAUUAAAAUAAUACUUACCUAUUUGCGUAGCCAAAUAUAAAAAGCAUGUGAAAGACAAAUAGUGUCCAAAUUUUUCCAAGUGCAAAACCGAAAAAUAAAAAACUCCGUGCCAAAUUCUCCGUUUAUUAAGGAUAAGAAUGGAGUGGCAUAUGUAUUUAUAUUAUAUGUAGUUCAUAAGAUUUAAAAUGACUGCUCAACACAUACCACUAUAUAAGAUUGUGUCUAUUUGUUUCAAAGAAAUGAAAAAUAAGCACACAAUCAUGUAUGUAAAAGUAUGUAUACAAACAAAAUGUGGUUUGUUCGGACUGUAAAAAAUUAUACUCAUAAAUGAAUAGAUCGUAAUUUACAUACUAUGUACUAUGUAUGUAUAUGCUCAAAUAGAAUAACUCUUGUAAACUAAACAUUAAUCAUGUACAACUGCAACAACAAACAUCAUGGACAUCUAAAUAUUUUUAGAAUGUUCUUGAACAAAUUCACACAAGUAAUGUUAAGUAUAACUUUUAUAAAUAAACGUCACUGCAUAAUGUA